AUGGUCGCGCUGGUAGGCUGCAACGAUUGCACUCCGCCGUGGUGGCUGUUGCGUCGUGAGGUUAUACUGACCAGUUGGAUCCGACAAUAUCCCUGGGACAUGCCAAUCGCUGAAACCGUGCAGCGCCUGGGCGGCUGGCCGUAUGCCGUGCUGUCUGCUGUAGCCUUCGCCGGAGUUGACUACCUGGCCAUCAUUUCUGUGGAGGCCGAGCGGCCAGCCCCAGGGGGCAGCCGCCCGACCCGGGAGCUGGCAGGGCAAGGGAUCGGCUGUAUCGCUUCCGGCAUGGCGGGCUCUGCUCCGGUUGGUGGCUCGCUGACGCGGUCCAUGCUGGCUGGGAUGAUAGGCGCCUCUUCGCCGCUGAUGGGCUUAGUCUGUGGCUUCGCGACCAUGGGCCUGGCCUUCCCUCAGGUCUCCAAGCUCCUUGUCAUGACCCCAAAG